AUGAAAAUUUUUACAUUUAUAUUUUUUGCCGUUACGUUAUGCUUGGCUUCCGGAGAAGAUGUAGCUUAUGAUGGUUAUCCAGACGGAGGUUAUGAAGAUGCACCGACUGAACCACCAGUAGAUUAUUCACCUUCAUAUUGGGAUGAUGCAACUACAGAAAAACCUGCUGACUACAAUGAUUAUCCAGCAGGAGGAGAUGGAGAUCCAACAACUGAAUCACCAACUGAUUCGCCUGCUGAUUGUCCUCCUGAAGAUAAUGCAGCUGAUAUAUUUAAAAAAUUCGGUGGCGGCGUCCUAUUGGCCAUGGCUUCCGCAGAGGAACCACCACCAGAGGAUGGUCCCCCAGCUGAUGGUCCACCAGCAGAUGGUCCACCAGCUGAUGGCCCACCAGCAGACGGUCCUCCUGAGGAUGGUCCUCCUAAAGACGAUGGUCCUCCUGAGGAUGGCCCUCCAAAAGAUGGUCCUCCUGAUGAUAGUCCCCCUAAAGACGGUCCACCAGCUGGAGGUUCUAAACCACCUGCCGGAGGAUCUAAACCACCUGCAGGAGGUUCUAAACCACCUAGCAAGCCAGCUAAUAACAAGCCUGCUGCUCCCGGUAAGAAACCCACUGCUCCCAACAAAAAACCCGGAAAGAAACCCUCCAAUGCCAGCAACAACAAGCUCAAAAAAGAAAAUCAGAAGAGACAACAGGCCAUUAAAAAAAGGCAACAACAAAUCAAGAAACAGAAGAAUCUUAUUAAGAAGGAACAUUUGGCAAACGAAAAGAGGCGACAGGAGAUCAAAAAAAGUCGUCAGGCUGAUAGGAAGAGGAGAGCAUUCAUUAAGAAGAGGAAAGCCGUCAUGAAGAAAAGACGACAGACCGUAUUAAAACAAAGACAGGAGCUUAAAAAAUUGAAUGCUGCUAACGGCAAGAGACGUUGGGAAACCAGACAAUGUUGGUAUACCAAAACAUUGGUUGUUGCUGAGGAACCACCACCGGAGGAUGGACCGCCUGCUGAUGGUCCUCCUGCUGAUGGUCCACCUGCUGAUGGUCCACCAGCUGAUGGUGAUAAACCGCCAGCUGAUGGUGAUAAACCCCCAGCUGAUGGCGACAAACCACCAGCCGAUGGUGAUAAACCCCCAGCCGAUGGUGAUAAACCCCCAGCUGAUGGUGGUAAACCACCCGCUGGAGGUAAUAAACCACCAGCUGGAGGAAAUAAACCCCCUGCCGGCGGUAAACCACCUGCUGGCGGCAAACCUGGAGGUAAACCCAAUAAGAAACCAUCACCUCCUGGAAAAAAACCCAACAAGAAACCCGCUAACAAUCAACAACAGCAAGCCAAGAAGCAACAAGCCAUCAAGAAAAAACAACAAGCUAUUUUGAAGAAGCAACAGGCUAUUCUUAAAAAAGAAAUGGCCAAGAGGAAACGCCAAGAAGCCAUUAAGAAGAGACAACUGGCCAUCCGUAAACAACAAAAAGCUAAUGAGAGGAAACAAAACGCAUAUAUCAAAAGACAACAGGCCAAUUUCAAACGUCAACAGGCCAAUUUGAAGAGAGUACAGGCUAAAUUGAAGAAGGCUCAGGCUGAAAGAAAACGUUUACAAAAGAACAAGAACAAAAAUAACAACAGACAGGCAAUGACUUUAGCAGAGGAUGGUCUUCCUAAAGAUGGUCCCUCAAAGGUUAAUACACCAGUCCUUUAUAAGAAACCAGCAGGCACCACUAAAAAUACAUUAGUAACUACCAAAAAACCUAUUAAUAGCAACAGGAACAAUAUCAAUAAUAAACUUCAAAAAGAAAAUCAAAAUAGACGUCAAGCUAUCAAAAAGAGACAACAAGAAAUCAAGAAAAUUGGUCAAUUUAUAAACAAAAGAGAGAAAAAGCACAGGAAAAUAACAAGAAAGAACAGCUAA